CGGCCCCGCUGCGAGGGGCCAUGACGUGUUGGCCCUUGUCUGUGCUCCUCCUGCUCACGGCUGUGACCGCCGCGGUCGCCUCCGCCACACCGGAUGGCUCGUCCAGGGAGCCCAAGCAGAGAACCCUCGUGGGACGCUUCGGCAGCGAGGGCUACUCCGACCGGCACUCGGUGCCCAGAGACAACGCCAAGACUGUCCUCACCGUUGGCUACCUCACGGCCAUCAAGGGCGAACUCAAGGACAAGCAGGGCCUCGCGAUCUCCGGGGCCCUCACAAUGGCGCUGGAUGAGAUCAACAACAAUCCCUACAUUCUGCCCAAUGUGACUCUGGCGCUGCGCUGGAACGACACACGCGGCGACACCGUGCUGGCCACGCGUGCCAUCACGGAGAUGAUUUGCGACGGCGUGGCGACGUUUUUUGGACCGGAGGGACCGUGCCAUGUUGAGGCUAUUGUGUCGCAGAGUCGCAAUAUUCCAAUGAUUUCCUAUAAAUGCUCCGAUUACAUGGCGUCCACCAUUCCAACAUUCGCAAGAACUGAGCCGCCGGACACGCAAGUGACCAAAUCCAUCAUCUCCCUCCUCAACUACUACGGCUGGAAGAAGUUCUCCAUCAUCCACGAGGAGCUGUGGACCACCGUGGCCAAUAAUCUGCAGGAGCAGGCCAAGCAGAAGAACAUGACGGUCAACCACAUGCUGCCCGUCGUGGACAAUCACAAGUGCUGCGAGAACAGCAUGGAGUGCUGCAGGAGUGGCUACUGGUACCAGGUUGUGCAGAACACGAUGAACAGGACGAGGAUCUACGUGUUCCUGGGGCCCGUGUACGCGCUGGUGAACAUGAUGGAGGCCAUGGAUGCCGUUCAGCUGUUCGCCAAGGGUGAGUACAUGGUGAUCUUCGUGGACAUGAUGACAUAUUCCACGCGCGAGGCGCAGAAGUACAUCUGGAAGCCGGAUCAUCUCAACAAGCACACCUCGUGUCGGGAGAUUGACAACUUCAAGCAGCGCGCCAGGAGUCUGCUGGUCAUUGUGUCCUCGCCACCGGCGGAAAACUACGAGAGCUUCACUGAGCAGGUGAGGGAGUACAACAAGAGAGAGCCCUUCAACUUCUCCACGCCGAUCUUCUUUAAGAAAUACAUAAAGUUUGUGUCUAUUUAUGCGGCUUAUUUGUAUGAUUCUGUGAUGUUGUAUUCAUUGGCGUUGGAUAAACUGUUGAAGGAUGAGCAGAAGCCUCUGACACCGGACUUGAUUCAUGAGAUAGCCAGCAAUGGCACGAAGAUAAUUGAGACCAUCAUCAACAAUAAGACAUACAAAAGUAUUACCGGAGCGACGAUAAAGAUUGAUGGAAAUGGUGAUUCCGAGGGUAACUUUUCCGUGCUGGCGCUCAAGCCUUUCCACUUUGUCGAGGAGAACUUCUCCUGUGACUAUCACAUGAUGCCAGUGGCGUAUUUUCAGCAAGGAGAAGAUUUUCCAGAAUACAAGAUCAUCAAUGCGUCCGUGAAGAUCGACUGGCCGGGCGAGGAUCGACCCUUCGAUGAGCCCUCGUGUGGCUUCAUGAACGAACUGUGUCCGCGCGAUGACACGCACAUCACGUCAAUGGUGGUGGCGGGCAUUCUGGCGCUGGUGCUGUUCUGCGCCGGCGUCAUCACGAUGAGCAUCUAUCGCAAGUGGAAGAUCGAGCUGGAGAUCGAGGGGCUGCUGUGGAAGAUUGAAUCUCACGAGAUCAAGGGCUACUUCAACAAUGACAUCGUGUCGUCGCCCAGCAAAUUGAGCCUGGCCAGCGCGGCGUCCUUCAACUCGCGCUGCUCCAAUCAGGUCUUCACCACCACGGGCAGAUUCCGGGGCGUGGUGGUGCGCAUCAAGGAGCUGAAGUUUGCACGCAAGAAGGACAUCUCGCGCGAUAUCAUGAAGGAGAUGCGAUUGCUGCGCGACCUGCGACACGACAACAUUAAUAGCUUUAUUGGGGCGUGCGUGGAGCCUAUGCGAAUCCUACUAGUCACUGAUUACUGCGCCAAGGGGAGUCUCUACGACAUCGUGGAGAAUGAGGACAUCAAGCUCGAUGAUCUCUUCAUAGCGUCACUGGUGCACGACUUAAUUAAGGGAAUGAUUUACAUCCACAACUCAGCUUUAAUAUUCCACGGAAACCUCAAGUCCUCAAAUUGUGUUGUGACGUCGCGCUGGAUGCUGCAAGUGACGGACUUCGGACUGCACGAUCUGCGGCACUGUGCCGAGAAUGAGUCCAUUGGGGAGCAUCAGUACUAUCGCAGUCAGUUCUGGAAGGCGCCGGAGUUGCUGCGAAAUCCCACGAUCUACGGCAGCCAGAAGGCUGACAUCUACGCCUUCGCCAUUGUCCUGUAUGAGAUCAUCAGUCGCAAGGGGCCAUUUGGGCAGACGGGUUACGAGCCGAAGGAGAUCAUUGAGAUGGUGAAGCGCACGCCAUUGGACACAGAGGAGCCCUUCAGGCCGGACCUGGAGAGCAUCACAGAGAUGGACAAUUGUCCUGACUACGUUCUCAAUUGCAUCGAAGACUGCUGGAAUGAGAAUCCCGACCUCAGACCAGACUUUGCCACUGUGCGGACUCGACUGAAGAAGAUGCGCGGCGGCAAGUCGAAGAACAUCAUGGACCAAAUGAUGGAAAUGAUGGAGAAGUAUGCCAAUAACUUGGAGGACAUCGUCAAUGAGCGCACACGAUUGCUGUGCGAGGAGAAGAAGAAGACUGAGGAUCUUCUCCAUCGCAUGCUGCCGCAGUCCGUGGCGGAGAAUCUGACCCGCGGACAUGGUGUGGAGCCUGUGUCCUUUGACUCCGUCACAAUCUACUUCAGCGACAUUGUGGGCUUCACGGCGAUGUCAGCCGAGAGCACGCCACUGCAGGUGGUGAACUUCCUCAACGAUCUCUACACCGUCUUCGAUCGCAUCAUCAAGGGCUACGAUGUGUACAAGGUGGAGACGAUAGGAGACGCCUACAUGGUGGUUUCCGGGCUGCCGAUUAGGAAUGCCGAUCGCCAUGUGGGUGAAAUUGCGUCCAUGUCGCUGGAUCUGCUGCAAGCGGUGCGAUCGCACAAGAUCUCGCAUCGUCCCAACGAGACGCUCAAGCUCAGGAUUGGGAUGCACACAGGACCUGUGGUGGCGGGCGUUGUGGGACUCACGAUGCCACGAUACUGUCUGUUCGGUGACACUGUGAACACAGCUUCGCGGAUGGAGUCGAACGGCGAGGCGCUCAAGAUUCACAUUUCCGGCCAGUGCAAGCAGGCGCUGGACAGGAUUGGCGGCUAUGUGACUGAAAUGAGAGGUGUGAUUCCGCUUAAGGGGAAAGGUGAGGUCGUGACUUACUGGCUGGUUGGCGCCACUGAGAAAGCCAUUCAACGGAAGCCCGUGGCGUUGGAGGAUAUGCCACCGCCGCUGUUCUGUCGUCCGCGACGGAGUCCGAAGCUCAACUGCGAUUCCCGUCAGCCGAGUCUCAUCGGAGCGGCGCACUUUGGUGCUGGCAGUCGGCGGCAGUCAAAUAUUCCGCGCACGGACGUCGAGAGCACAUGCAGCCUGCAAGGAUCCAUUCUGCACGGCUGCCGGGACUCACCGAGGCCCACGCAGAGGAAGCUGGAGCGCGUGCCGCUGUAUCUCAACGAAGAAUCUCACCAUGUGCUUGAGCAUGUUGAGUGCUGCGAGCCCGUCAACGGCGGCGACUGUCCGAAGAAGCCCUUCGCCAUGGUGAAACCCCGCCAGGUGCUGCGCUCGAUUGCGUCCAGCGAUGAGUAUGGCAAGUUCGAGGGCAUCUUGCGCGAGAGUCGAUCGCUGGAUCCGUUUCCCAGUCAAUUGCGGCGACGGGACAUCUUCAAGAUGCCCAUCAAGUUUGCCAAGCGGGGCUCCAGAUCACUGGAGGCGGGCGUCGGCACACCGGCGGUCGUCCAGAUGAGUGGUUCCAAGUCCUCCGUGGCCACUUCGGUGCCGCUGACCAGCCAGCAGAUCGCCGAGCACUCCAAUAACAACUGCAACGGCAGCAUUGGCACGGAGGACGCCAAUUGUCCGCUGCUGCAGCGCCAGGGCUCCCUGACGAGUCCUGUGGACGAGCUGCUGUUCCACGCGAAGCGCUGGCACUCCCUCGAGUCCGUGGCCAUGGACAAUGAGUCGGCCAGCAGCAAGAAGCCACUCGGCAGGGCGUCCAUUCGCUCGUGGCUUGUGGGAUUGUUUCAGGGCAGCGCGCUGAAGAACAGCGACGCGUCGUUGCGCAAAGUCUGCACGGUGCAGAGUGGUGUGAAGCCCGCCUUCAACGAUCUCCCGGCGUCCGUUGAGAAGGAGAGCAUCGUCUGAGGACACAGCCACAGGCUCUCGAUUCCUCCGCGGUGGUGGGACUCGGAAAGGGGGGAGGGGAAACGUGAUCAAAAUUUAGGAUCUUUCCUCGCCACACAUCCUUGAGCUUUUCUGGCGCGAAAUGUGUCUUAUAAUUUAUUUUAACUUAUGUCAUUACUUAUUUAUCUCUUAAUUUAUAUAUAUAGUGUUUUUUUUUCUUAACUCCUUUCGGCUAUGACGCGCGGCAAACCGUUCGCCGGCGGUUUCCCAGGCGCACGCCGCGCCAACCAAUCCAAGCUUUCCGAGUGCCAGGGAGGAAGAGAGAGAGAGAGAGAGAGAGCCCUUAGCGAAAUUGGAUUGUUUUCCAGAAUCACAGUGAAAGACAAUCGGUAGCGAGAAACGAGAGACUUUGUUAUCCUCAGAUGUUGUAGGAUGUGUGCUUGUGCAAUUGUUUAAUUAACGAGUUUAAUGUAUAACCCAAGUUUUUAACAAGAAUCCUUUGACUUUGUGAUAUGCGUCAAACGUUGCAGUUGUGGCCACAUUGAGUGACAUUGGCGAUCAGUGCAACAAUUGCUCAAUGUGAACAACAACACGUUUCUUUCUCAUGCAAAAACAAAUGGAUGAAAUAGUCCAAAAAAAAAACAUAUUAUUUAAUUCAGUCUUCAAGUGAUAUUACACAUGAAUUGACAGAGUUUUGGAGCAAAAUUUGAAGAAUUUUUUGAGCUUGAGUGAAUCACAAUUGUUCCACAGAAAGGGAAUUUGAAUUAAGGAACUUUGUGGCAUUUAUGAGGAAAAAAUUUGUAUCUCAACCUUAUUAAAUUUCUCAUGUCUCUGGCAAACUGCACAGUGUUAAAGCAAAAAAUCUCAGAAGCUCCGCCCAUUUUCAUGCUCCGCCUUCUGAUAAGUGUCAAAUGUGUAAUUUUCUAGUGACAUUUGUCAAUCUUUCCAGCGUGCAUUUGUGUGAAUAUCACUUGAGAAUAGCCAGAAAAAAAAUAAUCCUUUAACAAGAAGACAACGAUAGAAAUCCAAAAAGAAAAAAAAGGCACAAAACAGGGUAGAUUUGAAAGAAGAAAAAGAAGAAAAAAACGCAAAAGAAAACUUUAAGGUGAUUGAAAAUAAGAAGGUUGUUGGGAAAAUGUUUUUCGUUACCGUCACAAGAUGAGAGCAAAUGUGGAUAUUUUUGAGAGGCGAAAGGACUUGUUUUUUUUUUUACAAAAAAUGUAAAAGAUAUAUUAGAGAGAAAAGAAAAGAAACCUAGUGUAAAUAGCAUCUGAAAAACAAAAGAAAAAAAGAGCGAGAGACAGUGAAGCUGCAUAAAAAUUAGUAUUUUUUUUUUUUUUGAUAAUAAGAGGUGUAAAUGUGGAGAAAAAGAAGAACAGAUUAACAGAUUAGGAAGAGAUAAAGAUAUAAUGAAGUAAAAAAAAAUAUCAUAUGCAGAUAAGAGUUUAGUGUUUAAAAGUUAUGUGUAUGUAAAUGAAAUUAUUUAAUGGAAAAUGUGCCAUUUUAUUCAACUGCUGAGUCAUUUACAUUUGUGAUUAAUUUGUGUAAUUAAAACAACUAGAAUGUGUUUUUUUCUUUUCUUUUGUAAUCAAUGAAGGAACUUUUCCAUGGAGAUUUCAAAAAGAAAAAAAAGGGGAAACAUAAGAAUAUAUUUUAUUAGUAGAUAUCAAAAUAAUUUCUAUUCCUUUGACGACGAAGAAAUCAAAAAAAAAAUUGAACAAAAUGCGAAGCAAAGUAUGGGAAAAUCGUACUAUAAGUCUUUUUUAGUAGGAAAAGAAAA